UUGUUUCUUCUGGCUCAGAGCAUGCAAGAAGACACUGCAAGGACGGCGUGGCUCUCAGCAGUUCUCCGAUCUCUCUCUCCUUCUUCUCGCAAGCUCUUGCAGACAACUCUUUAAUUUGCAUGCGCGCUUGAUCACAGUAGCAUCCUGAUCUUCCACUCUUCGUUCAGCUGGCUAGCUGUGACCCAUUCACCACACUCCCAACCGUCAACAACGCGUCGCCGGGCGGCUGGGGAAAGAAACCGCGUUCCGUCGUUGCAACCAACAGCAGCUUCAAAGCCUCUUCCUUCCUUCGCCACGAAUCAAAUCCCCAACCCCUAGCGGACAAGACUUCCCAAUCCCACGCGCAGCGGCAGUCGCCGCCGGAUCGGAGUCGGAGGACACCGACCACUCGUCGCCGGCCUCUUCCUCCCCGCCCGCCGGUCACCAUGAGCUUCAUCUUCGGCAAGAAGAAGACCCCAGCCGAGCUGCUGCGGGAGAAUAAGCGGAUGCUGGAGAAGUCCAUCAGGGAGAUUGAGAGGGAGAGGCAGAGCCUGCAGAACCAGGAGAAGAAGCUCAUCAACGAGAUCAAGAAGGUGGCCAAGCAGGGACAGAUGGGAGCUGUAAAAAUCAUGGCGAAGGACCUUAUCCGCACAAGGCACCAGAUAACAAAAUUUUAUGCCCUGAAAUCCCAGCUACAAGGUGUAUCUCUUCGCAUUCAGGCACUGAAAUCAACACAAGCAAUGGGUGAAGCUAUGAAGGGUGUCACAAAAGCCAUGGGACAAAUGAACAGGCAGAUGAAUCUGCCUGCUCUGCAGAAGAUAAUGCGGGAGUUUGAGAUGCAGAAUGAGAAGAUGGAGAUGGUUAGUGAAGUGAUGAAUGAUGCCAUUGAUGAUGCAUGGGAGGGCGACGAGGAGGAGGAAGAGACAGAAGAGUUAGUGAACCAAGUCUUUGAUGAAAUUGGCAUUGAUGUCAACUCAGAGCUUGUCAAGGCUCCUGCCACGGCAGUUGCUAAACCGGUCGCAGCGGGAAAAGUUCCUGCUCAAGCUGAAGCCGCAGGCGAGGCGGAUGGUGGAAUAGAUGAUGACUUGCAGGCGCGGCUUGAUAACCUGAGGAAGAUGUGAUGAUUGGAGUCUGACAAAAUAUUCAUACGCUUUGUUUGUAGUUUUGUACCUCGAAUAUAGCCAUUGCGGCAAACCUUUUGGCAUUGGCCAUUUGUACAUAGGAUAGAAUAUGUCUGGUACUGUGAUCUAGGCUUUGACAUA